AUGAAGGUGUCAACUGUCUUGUCUGCCUUUUUGGCGGCCAGUGUGGCUUCAGCUGCAGCUCUUCCUGUAGCUGACAGCGGCAAACAAAUCACCCAUGGACACCCGCCUCCUCCUCACCCAACUGAGACUGACAAGCCUCAUGGUCAGCACUCGAAGCGCGAUGAUGGUGACCACCCACCGCCGCCUCCUCCAACUGGAAAGCCUCAUCCUCCUCACAACAACGACAAGCGUGACGAGGAUGGUCACCCUCCUCCUCCUCCUCACCCAACUGAGACCGAAAAGCGUCCUCACCCACACUCGAAGCGUGACGAUGGCGAUCACCCCCCUCCUCCUCCCCCGACUGGAAAGCCUCAACCUCCUCACUCCAAGCGUGAUGAGGGCGAGCACCCUCCCCCCCCUCCCCCGACUGGAAAGCCUCAACCUCCUCACUCCAAGCGUGAUGAGGGCGAGCACCCUCCCCCCCCUCCCCCGACUGGAAAGCCUCAACCUCCUCACUCCAAGCGUGAUGAGGGCGAGCACCCUCCCCCUCCUCCUCCAACUGGAAAGCCUCACCCUCCCAACUAG